CUUUCUUGCUAGAGCGGGCAGAGAACAAAUCCAUCCGUCAAUCAUCCCUCAUACUCGUCGUUUGAUUUGGGGUUGCUGCCACUCGACGCGCGACCAACAUCUCAAAGACCAGAUAUACCCCAAGGGCUGUAAAGUCGGCGUCCCCUCACCAACCCAAGCCGUCGGGUCGAUCUUGUCACAUUAUUAGCCUUUCCCGACACAGUGUCACCGAGACUGCUGCGUGUGCCCGCAUGGCGGCCAACAGCGACGAGGCACAGUCUGGGGACGGGAAUGGAGACCGUCAAUUCACAUUCCGGUAUCCCUCCACCGGGUCGACAAUCGGCAAUUCGAUUGAGGCUGAUCCUGUGCUCUCGGGGAUAUACGAUGAUACCUCAGCUUCCUUAUCGGAGAGUGUCCAGAACUAUCCGAAACAAUUUGGUCGGACGUAUCAUGCGUAUCGCGCAGGCUCUUACCCCUUCCCGAAUGACCUCCCGGAGUGCGAACGACUCCAGCUCCAGUAUGACAUUGUAGACGCAUCUUUGAACGGGCAUCUCUUCUUCGCGCCACUCGACAAGCCUCGCUACAUCCUCGACGUGGCCACCGGCACCGGGGAUUGGGCCGUUCAGAUGGGGGAUCUGUUCCCCCAAGCCAACGUCGUGGCCACGGACCUCUCGCCCAUUCAGCCCGUAGAGGUGCCGCCCAAUGUGGAAUUCUACGUCGAGGACAGCUCGGAAGAGUGGGAGUACUCGCACAAGUUUGACUUCAUCCACACGAGAUUGACAGGAGGCUCCUGGUCGAGCUACGAACGACAGGUUCUACGACAGGCCUUCGACAAUCUGAAUCCUGGGGGAUGGAUGGAAAGCCAAGAGGGCGACGCCUCAUUCUCGUGUGACGACGGCUCGCUGAAGCCGGGACAUGCCCUCUAUCGCUGGGGCGAGGACCUGGCCCUCUCCUCGCGCCUCAUCGAUCGGCCCAUGGUUUUUGUGAGCGGCAUCAAGGACAUGUACGCUUCGGUGGGCUUUGUGGACAUUCAUGAGAAGAUAUUCAAGAUACCGUGCGGCACGUGGCCCAAGGAUGAAAGGCUCAAGGAGCUAGGCAGGGGGUGGCAGCUCAACGUGCAAAGUGGUCUCAGCGGGUUCACGUUUGCCAACUUUUACCGAGCAUUCGGCGUAAAGGAGGAUGCGAUCGAGGUGUAUCUCGUGGAUGUGAGGAAGGAUGUGGCUAACAGUAAAAUACACGCGUAUACGGCGGUGCAUGUCGUUUGGGGGAGGAAACCGUUUCCGGGCGAGGUCAGUGAAUCAUGACAAUCAAGAGAUUCGAAGCUGGAUGUUCCUGCACAGAAAGUGCCCUGAUGUG